AGUUUAGUCAAGAAUUAAAGAGAAUGAACCGUAGAGAGAAUUGGCAUAGAGAAAUAAAAAAAAAUUCUCUUCUAUUUUUAUUUCUCUAUGCAUUAAGGCUAAGGCAUUAAGGAUAACGGCGAUAACAGUGCAUGUGCAUUGUGCAUGGUUACUGUUCGAGACUUCGAGUUUGUCUUGUCUUGAAUUCGACCGAUUGUGCUGUUUGUUUUUGUUUAUAAUUUAUGAAAACAAUGAAUUUUGAAUCAAAUAUGGAAAUAAAUCAAGAAGCUAGUGAGAAGAAAACUUUUAAAAUAAAAGUAGAAAACGAAGACACCUCUGUUGGUCCCUUGGAUGCUUUCAAAAUUGAAAUUACAGAAGAACCCAAGAGAGAACCCGCAUAUGACGCAUUUGGUUAUUUAGACUCAAAUGAAUUUCCGGUAAAAACUGAAGUAGAACAAGAUAAAUUUACACCCUUUGAAGAAAAGCAAACAACAGAUGAAGAAAGUUGUUGCCAGGAGGAAAACCAAAUGAAAAUUAUGGAGACGUUAUAUUCAUAUAAAAGAACAUAUACAGAUCAUCACAUUGAAGGAAAAAUGUUAAAUAAAAAUGGGAACGUUGAGACUGCUGGACAUAGAUCUUACAAAUGUGAAAUUUGUUUCAAGCAAUUUACUGCAAAAAGUAGUUUAGAAGCUCAUUUGAGAGUGCACACUGAAGAAAAACUGCACAAGUGUGAAACUUGUUUAAAACAGUUUAGUAAAGCAAGUAACUUCAGACUCCAUUUGAGAGUGCACACUGGAGAAAAACCGUUCAUGUGUGAAAUUUGUUUAAAACAGUUUAGUCAAGCAGGUUCUUUGAAAAAACACUUGAGAGUGCACACUGGAGAAAAACCGUACAAGUGUGAAAUUUGUUUGAAACAGUUUAGUGAAUCAUGUAGUUUGACAACACAUUUGAGAGUGCACACUGGAGAAACACCUUACAAGUGUGAAACUUGUUUUCAACAGUUUGGUCGAGCAGGUUCUUUGAAAAUACAUUUGAGAGUGCACACUGGAGAAAAACCGUUCAAAUGUGAAAUUUGUUUUAAACAGUUUUCUACACCAGAUAGUUUGAAAAAACAUUUGAGAGUGCACACUGGAGAAAAACCGUUCAAGUGUGAAAUUUGUUUUAAACAGUUUAGUGAAUCAGGUGGUUUGAAAAAACAUUUGAGAGUGCACACUGGAGAAAAACCGUUCAAGUGUGAAACUUGUUUUCAACAGUUUGGUCGAGCAGGUUCUUUGAAAACACAUUUGAGAGUGCACACUGGAGAAAAACCGUUCAAGUGUGAAAUUUGUUUUAAACAGUUUAGUGCAUCAGGUAGUUUGAAAACACAUUUGAGAGUGCACACUGGUGAAAAACCGUUCAAGUGUGAAAUUUGUUUUAAACAGUUUAGUGCAUCAGGUAGUUUGAAAACACAUUUGAGAGUGCACACUGGUGAAAAACGGUUCAAGUGUGAAAUUUGUUUAAAGCAAUUUGUUACAACAAGUGAAAUGAAGAACCAUUUGGGAGUGCACACUGGAGAAAAACCGUACAAGUGUGAAAUUUGUUUUAAACAGUUUAGUAAAUCAGAUAAUUUGAAAACACAUUUGAGAGUGCACACUGGAGAUAAACCUUACCAGUGCGCUAUUUGUUUAAAGCAAUUUAGUGAAAAAAGUCAUUUGAAAGUACACUUAAGAGUGCACACUGGAGAAAAACCGCUCAAAUGUGAAAUUUGUUUUAAACAGUUUUCUACAGCAAGUAGUUUGAAACAUCAUUUGAAAUUUCACAAUGACACUGAAGUAAAACUUUAGGAGUGUGAAAUUUAUUUAAAACAAUUGAAUCGGUCAUUCCAAAAAGUGCAUAAGUCCACAAUUUUGAGACAUAACUUUUUGAGCGGAAUCGAUUCCUUUUAAGAUAAAUUCACGUUGUGUGCAAAAUGACACCAGUGUUUAUAGAAUAAUACGUCGAAAUAUUCUACCAAAAUUUAUUUUAUUUAUUUAUUUAUUAGACGGGAAACCCCCAUUACAAAGAAUAAUAUGUAGUACAUUUUUGAUUAAAGGCUAUAUAGCUUAGUCUAAAUAGCAUCCUAUUAAGAAAAGCUUAAAAGAUUCAUAUAGGUACAUAUAUACACUUACAAAAUCAACAAAAGGUUAUUUAAAUAAUAAAUCCAUUAGGUACGUAAGAUAUCACUAGUAAACUGGUACAUAUGUAAUAGCUAUAUAACAUUAAAAUGUUUCCAAAAGAGUUCUCUUAAAUGACUGCAAAGAGUUAUUAAACACAUCCAAUCUAUCUUCUAUAUUCAAAAACUCUAGGGAUCGAUCCAUGAAUGAGUGUCUACCAUAAUUUGUUGCAUGAAAGCCAAUAAAAAUAAGUUAUUUUGUGGAAGCAUUCUCUGUGGAACAGCAAAUUUCAUUUGUGAAAGAAUUUCUGGACAUGAUAUCGUCGCACUAGAACAAUACUAAGAUAUCUUCAAAUAUUUGACUUUUGAGUUAUCUGCUCUAUCUGAUGUAAAAUUUCAUAAGCUAUCUGGAGAGAUACUAAGAUUUGUUCAAUCGGCUGCUUUGUGGUGUUUAUGAGCAAUAUCUUAAUAUUGCACUAGUUGAUUUGUUGGAAAUACCUGGGUUAAAAGGAAGAUAUCUUAAAAUACCUUUUUAUUAUCCGAUUAAUAUUUGCCUUUUCUCAUCAUACUUGUCGUGAAAUACCCGGACAUUCCCACAUGCUUUAGUCUAGCCCCACAUCUGCAUUACGAUUUUUUUAACAUAUCAGUCUUUUUAAGUUGUCUUAGUAUUUUACUAGCAAACUUGCCCGACUAUUUCACCGAAUGUGGCAAAGAAAAUUUUAAAUUAACCUGUUUUUUAAGUUGUCUCUAUUUCCCUAACUAAGCUUCAAAAAUAAGGAUUAUUUGAGUAAAUGUCCGAGUAUAUCCCCACGCUCACCUACGAGUUCGUGGAUGAGUCGGUCAGUUACAGUAAAGUUGUUCACUUUCACUGGUCAGUUCAAGUUGCUCUCCGACUGCAAUAGAGUGCGGAUGCUAGAAGUCGUUUUUUAAAUUCCUUAUCGUGGGGCAUACCCAAAAUGAGGGUGACUCUAUGCAUUCCUGCAUAGAGUCUGCCAAAAAAAGAGCUUUACUGAGUGGACCUAUUUCAACUCCACAGGAAAUGGCAAUGAUCAUAAAAUUAACCAAAAAAAAAACAGGAAAGCCUUACAUGGUUAAUAAUUUUCAAUUUUAUGAUAUUUUAGAUUGGAAAAAGUAGCGAUUAAAAAAUAUUCGCGGAAGUUUUUUUUUUAAUUUAUUAUUGUUUA